AUGGUUCAACACGGUACAAAGGAGGAGGCGUUACUGGGUAUCAGCAAGAACAAGGACAGUCGCUUGACUCUUCCAGGAUAUGGUCGACCGCUGGACUAUGCACCGGUGGAGAAAAACAUCUAUGGCGUGGAGGCCCGGAGCAUGUUCCCGUCUGCUCUAGAUGACCGCGACAUCGACAAUGGAUACACGGACCUGUCUGUUUUAACACUUCGAGAGAAAGAAAUGGUAAAAGUAAUGGAGGAUAUCACCGAUAUCCCCCAGUGGUGGAAAAAGAUCUACGAACCUGGAACAUCAGAAGCGUGGAAAAAGAUGGCCCUGAACAAAGGCACAGACAUCACACAAAAUAUGGCCGAUUGGAUCAUCGAAGAGCUGAAAUAUAAAGCCAUGAUAUAUGAAGAUACCAACGCUAUCUCACUGUACAAUGGAGAUAUCACCAAAUCCGACUCCAGCGUGUCUGAUUCACUCAUUCAAGAUUUGAAAAAUGCGGUCAAGAUCCUGGAGUACGAUGAGCCUGAGCUCCAAUUUUACCACCCAGGCAGUAUGGGCAAGCAGCGAGAUCUGCUCGCGAUGGCAUUAUACCCCCUCGUAUACGGCAAGAGUCGCAUCCUUCCAGACCGAAUCAUUGGUCUUAACGAGGCAUUACACCACGCCGGUCAGGGUGAAGUCAUCCCCGUCCCCAAAGAGAACGGAAUCACCAGGGAGGACAUCGCCUGGCGCGUCACGGAUCGAGCAGACAUCCAAGUACGGCCGUAUAGCCGACACUACCAGAUCCUCCCGUCGGACUGGGAACUGGGUGAUGACGGUCGAUGGCACAUUGCAACGUACAUCAAUAACCUCCACCCAGUGAAACACCGGGGUAUAUACAAGACCAUCGAAGAUGUAUUCAACUGCAUGAUCCCACAGUUCAACAUGUCCAUGACACCGCUAAAAGACAUGCUCCACUCCCGCGCACGUAUCGAAUACCAAAAGGCCGAGUACUAUCCAGUAUCGAAGGAAGUUGCCGACUCGGAACCGCAGAUUCAGCCUAAAGAGGCACAGAGCGAGUUCGAUGAGCGAGAUGAACAGUGGAGGAUGGAGAAUUACCGCGCAGUCCAGCCUGACGCGGGCCGAUUCAUUCCCUGGGCUGUGCCUACGAGUAUGAUGGCUAGGUUGCCGGAGGAUCUGCCCAGCGCGGUGCGCAUCGAGCAGCCAGUCAACCUCAACAAGAACUACAAAGAUCGUGGACUGCAGGUGAUCACUCGAAUUAUGGGUAUUGACCUGAUACCCGAGGAUCCUUUCUACCAAACAGACUGGCACGUCGAGGGCAAGAUGAACGAACAUAUCUGCGCAGCAGCUUUCCUGACAUUCGACUCCGACAACAUCGCGGAUGCGAACAUGGAGUUCCGCAACAUAAUCGAAAUCGGGCCGCUCGCAGACGUCGAGCACGAACCAAACGACUUUGUCUGGCUCCGACAAGUCUUUGGCCUGGAAAAUGGCGAGCCGGCCAUUCAACACUCGGGCUCCAUCAAAUGCUCAACCGGCCGGACAGUCAUAUUCCCCAGCAUGGUGCAGCACAGAUACACGGGGUUCGAGCUUUUGGACAAGACGAAGCCCGGUUACUUACACGUACUGGUGUUCUAUCUGGUUGAUCCUAAUAUUCGAAUUAUCUCGACAGCCAAUAUCCCGCCGCAGAGGCUGGAUUGGACGCUUGAUCUGACGGAGGACGGGACCGAUUCCACCGCUGCUAUGGCGAAAUUGGCGCUUGAUAACAAAGACAAAAAGGGGAACAUGCCCAUGUCUUUGACUGAGGCACUAGAAUACCGAGUUGAGGCCUUGGAGGAGUUAGUUGAGUUUAUGCGGUAUCAGCAUGUUGCUUUUGAGUCUAAUAUCCUAAUGUUGUAG